AAUGGCUCUGCUUUCAUAUGAAAAGCAAGCUUUUGCAGAUGCAUUUAAUGAAGAUGGUCUUCUUGUUUGCGCAAGAGGAAUGGGUUUGGAGAGAAUUUUCGUAACGUUCCUUAAAUUAUACUGUGAUCCCGGUCAAUUGGUUUAUGUGAUAAAUACAAAUGAAGAAGAACAAGCCUAUUUUAUAGAACAACUAGAAUUACAAGACGUUAAGCCGUUACCAAAAUCGAUUACAUCAGAUUUUAGCGUUGCUGAAAGAGAACAAUUAUACUUAAAUGGCGGAGUUCUAUUCAUAACAUCAAGAAUAUUAGUUAUGGAUUUAUUAACUAAGAAAGUUCCUUCUCAACUAGUAUCAGGAAUUAUUAUAUUUAAAGCUCAUAAAAUUAUGGAAUCUCAUCAAGAAGCUUUCAUUUUAAGAUUGUAUAGAAUGCAAAAUCAGACUGGUUUCGUUAAGGCUUUUUCUGAUAAUCCAACAGCAUUUAUCAAAGGUUUAUGCUAUGUGGAAAGGGUAUUAAAAGCUUUAUAUGUAAAAAAGUUGUUUCUUUGGCCAAGAUUUCAUGCCGAUGUGAAAGAUCUUAUGGAAAAGCAUACGAUUGACGUUGUUGAAAUGGAAAUUGAAAUGACACCGGCAAUGGCUAGUUGCCAAACUGCCUUACUAGAUAUUAUAUCAUCCUGCGUUCGAGAAAUGAAAAAAAGUCAUCCAUCGUUAGACGCCGACGAAGACAUUACAAUCGAAACUGCUCUAUCUCAAAAUUUUGAUAGAACUCUGAGACGUCAUUUAGAUCCAAUUUGGCAUCAACUAUCUAUAAAAACAAAAAAUUUAGUCAGCGAUUUAAGAAUGGUUCGAGAAAUUUUAGGAAAUCUUACUCAGUACGAUGCCAUUAAUUUCUAUCAGUUCAUCAAAUCAAUUAGAUCCAGCGAAAGAACGUUUAUAUCUAGUGAUAGCUGGCUUUAUUUAGACGCUGCUGAUUCCUUAUUUACGGCUGCAAAGCAAAGAGUUUAUUCUUCUAAUAAGAAAACAAAAGCAAAGCCUGGUGUGGCUGCCGAAGCUGAUCUUUGGGACGAUGAAGAGGAAACUACAGAUAGCCCUGCUGAAGAAUGCCCAAAAUGGAAAUAUCUAAAAUGCGGCGGUAAUCAAAUGUUGAAGAGAAUUAAAGAUCGUAUGAACGAAAUGAACAACGCAGCCAAUCGUCGUUGCAAAACAACAAAGAAUACAAAAAGUAAUGAGCUGACCUUAACUCAAAUGAUAACUCACGAUUCGUCCGGUGAUGAGGAUGAUGUUAAAACAAAAAAAAUCAAAAUUGGAUUAGUCGAUGAAGCGUUAACGGUCUUUCAUCCUUUAUAUGGCAAUAGCGAUCCUUAUAGUAUUUUACGAACUUUAUCUGAACUGCAACCAACUUACGUUAUACUCUAUGAUCCGGAAAUAUCAGUGGUUAGACAAUUGGAAAUAUUUAAAGCUUGUAAUCCGGGAAAACCGCUAAGGGUCUACUUUCUUUUAUAUUCAAACUCGUCGGAGGAGCAAAGAUAUCUUUUAACCGUACAAAAAGAGAAGCAAGCAUUUGAGUAUUUAAUCAAAGAGAAAGCUGCAUUGGUUAUAAGAGAUGAUCAAGAUGAUAAAAUGGAGGAUGACGACGAGGAGACUUCAUUGUCAUUUCGCGAUGCUCGUGCACCCGUUGAACACAAAAUAAUCGUUGAUGUAAGGGAGUUUCGAAGUAAACUACCCUCUGUAUUACAUAAAAAGAACAUUACAAUUGAACCUGCGACUAUAGAAAUAGGAGACUAUAUUCUCACUCCGGAAAUUUGUGUAGAAAGAAAAAGUUUAAGUGAUCUUAUUGGUUCAUUGAAUAAUGGAAGAUUGUAUAAUCAAUGUCAAGCUAUGUGUCGUCAUUAUCGCAAACCUGUUCUACUGAUCGAAUUUGAUAAGAACAAACCAUUUUCUCUGUUACAAGGAAAAUAUAACGUCUCAACAGAAAUGAUUACGCAUGAUAUAAUGGGGAAAUUAACCCUUUUAACUUUACAUUUUAACCGAGUUAGAUUAAUUUGGAGCCAGGAUGCCUAUAAAACUGCAACGAUAUUUAGAGAAUUAAAAGAAAAUAGAGAACAACCCAAUCUAAAAGAUGCUCUAUCGUUAGAAAAGAGUGAAGAAGAAGCAAUGCUAUUGGGAGGAAUGUAUGAACACGUCGCCAAAGAUUUAAUUCUAAAAAUGCCCGGUAUCAAUACAAAAAACGCUUAUACAAUUUUGAAUAAAGUUUCCAAUGUUGCGGAUUUGGCCACCAAAUCAAAAGAGGAUCUUGGAAAGAUACUUCACAGCGAUAUUCAUGGUGAAAAAUUGUACACUUUUAUGAAUCAUCACGAAACAAGUCAAGGUAUUGGAGUUAAUGCCACCAGACAAAAGGUGGAGAAGAAGAGGUUACAGCUUAAACCGAGGCGUAAAAAGAAUGAAAAACUAUUUUAA